AUGAAGCUUUCAUUCUCUUUCUCCUUGGCAGUGAUGAUCACUGUUCUUUCAGUGUUUCUACUCCAUGAAUCAAAUGCACAGUUGAACUCUACAUUCUAUUCUAAUACAUGCCCAAACGUUUCAAGCAUUGUUCGUGGCGUUGUUCAACAAGCUUUGCAGUCUGAUCCACGCAUCGGUGCUAGCCUCAUUCGACUUCACUUCCAUGAUUGCUUCGUCGAUGGUUGUGAUGCUUCAAUUUUGCUGGACAACAGUGGAACCAUACAGAGUGAGAAAGAUGCAGGUCCCAACACCAACUCUACCCGGGGAUUCGGCGUCGUUGACAACAUCAAGACUGCCGUUGAGAAUUCUUGCUCGGGGGUUGUCUCUUGUGCUGACAUUCUCGCACUUGCUGCUGAAUCUUCGGUUUCUUUGUCAGGUGGACCUUCAUGGAGUGUGCUAUUAGGGAGAAGGGACAGCCGGACAGCAAACCAAGGAGGAGCUAAUACAUCAAUUCCCUCUCCCUUUGAAGGCUUAAGCUCAAUCACUUCAAAGUUUUCUGCUGUGGGCCUUAACAUCACUGAUCUUGUUGCAUUAUCUGGUGCUCACACAUUUGGACGUGCUCAAUGUCGAUUGUUCAGUAACCGCCUCUACAACUUCAACAACACCAACAACCCUGACCCGACCCUAAACUCGACAUACUUGACUACCCUCCGACAAACAUGUCCACAGAAUGGGAGCGGAUUCGCGUUGGCCAACCUUGAUCCAACCACCGUGGAUACAUUUGACAAUAACUAUUUCUCUAACCUGCAAAACAAUCAAGGCCUUCUGCAAUCAGAUCAAGAGCUGUUCUCAACAAAUGGUGCUGCUACAGUCUCCAUUGUUAACACCUUUAGCAGUAGCCAAAGUGCAUUCUUCCAGAACUUUGUCGCUUCGAUGAUAAACAUGGGAAAUAUUAGUCCAUUGACAGGGAGUAAUGGAGAGAUUAGAUCAGAUUGCAAGAAGGUUAAUGGAAGCUAGUAGCAUUACUCUAGAAAAAAUACACACAAGUAGUUUUAUAAGUUGAUUUGAGUUGUGGAAACAGUAUUUC